AUGUUGAAUCUUCAAGUUCGCGCCACCCGUUGCGAUGAAGUAGAGAUAGAUAAUAAUAACAGAUUAAUCGUUAUAGAUUCAACUAGUAUACUAUCACAAAAUGACUUAAAGGAUAAAAUACAAACAAUUACAACAAUACCAAAUAAUAAUCAAUAUUAUUUAAAAGGUUUUAAAGAUGAUGUUGAUAAUGAUAAUAACAAUGUAAAUAGUAAUAAUAAUAAUAAUGGUGUUAUGUAUAUAGAGAUGAUGUUUGGUGUCGUCGGUGGUAAAGGUGGUUUUGGUUCACUCUUGAGAGGUAACUCUACAAGAGUAGGUCAGAAAAAGACAACGAAUUUCGAUGCUUGUCGUGAUCUCAAUGGAAGACGUCUGCGUCAUGUCAACAAUGAGAAGCGACUCAAAGAGUGGUACGAAUCGGAGGAAGCAAGAAAGGCCGCUCUCGAGCAGUUCAAAGAGUCACUGAGAGGCAAGCAGGAAAAGGUUGCAUUCAAUCACGACGAUUACAUGCAAGAGGAUGAAGAGGUUGCCAAACGAUCACAAGAUGCUGUCGUUGCUGGUCUAGCAGCUAAACGUAGACAACAACAGCAACUAAAAGAAGCUUUGGUGGCUACAACCGCUGCAGUAACAACCUCAAUGGAGGAAGAUGAUGACGAUAGUCAAGAUGAAGAUCAAGAAGACAGCGAUGAAGAUGAACAAUCAACAAGCAGCACAACUACAACUACAACAACGACAACAACUACAACUUCCACGACAUCAACAUCAACAGCAACUACACCGAAAUCAACAACAACAACAAAUAAGCCAAUGGCAUUAUGGGUACCUGAUUUUGAAGACGAAGAAGAGGAGGAAGAGGAGGUAGAUGAUGAAGAAGUCCAAGAAGAACUAAAGAAACUUGCAGCAAAAAGUAAAUCAAUCACAAGAAGAUAG